CAGAAUCACAGCAAGCAAGUAUGCAGUGGGGAGGUUUUCAAGAAACGACGCCGUCCUACUCAACCGACGCCAGCCCGAAGCGGCGUGCCGGCAGGAAGAAGUUCAAGGAGACGCGCCACCCCGUCUACCGGGGCGUGCGCCUCCGGAGCUCCGACAAGUGGGUCUGCGAGCUCCGCGAGCCCCGCCGCCAGAAGCGCGUCUGGCUGGGGACCUACCCCACCCCCGAGAUGGCCGCGAGGGCGCACGACCUCGCGGCCCUCGCGCUCCGGGGCUCCGCCGCCCGCCUCAACUUCCCCGACUCCGCCUGGCGCCUCGCGGUCCCCGCCACCGAGGACGCCCGGGAGCUGAGGCGGGCGGCGGCCGCGGCCGCAGAGGCCUUCCGCCCGGGCGGGGAGGCCUCUGCGGGGGCGGGGAUGUACGACGUCUGCGGGGCGCCGGGCGUGGCGGGGCUGGCGGAGGCGGUUCUGAUGUCGCCUCCGCCGUUCCCGGGGCGGAGAUUCGGUUGGGAUGAGGUGGAGAGUGACGGUGAGAUGGAGUUGGAGUUGUGGAGUUUUUAAAUGUUUUUAAUAGGCUAUAUUCGAGCUCGGGUACCCGAAUUUUAAUAUGGGAUUACUCAUCGAUUGGACAUCCAUAGCAAAAUUGUGAAAAAUAGUUUGUAGCCUUACUCUUAGUUAUUGUACAAGUUCUUGUUGAUUGAAUGCAAACAAAUAGUGGAUUGAAUACCAA